AUACCCGACCCCGGCUGAGCCGCGACACUUUAUCUCCACCAAGUUAUUGCUCAAGACCCGCGCGGGACAACAGAGGCUGUUGCGGGUGGUUUCUGGGUGCAGACUGACUGUGUCAGGUUGCUGAACCCUCUCGCCGUCUCUGCUUGAGCUUUUUGGCUGUAAUGCGUAAAGAUCGACCCGGAUUUAUCCAGACGGAGUCGGGAACGCACCGCGGACGCGCGCGCUUUAGCCAAAAUGCAUCUGCGCUUUUCGAAGUGAUCUCGUGCUGUAGAUGAUAUGCCUACAUGGGGGCGAAUUCCAAACUAAAUCCAGGAUUAUAAUUCGAUAGAGUUAAGCCACGUCCAACUCAGUAACCAACUUUUCUCAGUACCAACAGGUGCGCACCGCGCGUCACGAAGUGGCGACAUCUGCGAGCUUUGGAUGCGGAUUUGUCUUGAUUUAGGACGAUACAACUUUCACUUGUCCCCCCAGAAGGACUGAUAAAGAUUAUGUGGAUUCUACUCUGGCUUUACCCUCUCCAAAUGUGUCCGAAACAGCACUGGUGCCCCGUAAACGACGCACGUGCGUGGUGAUACAAACCAUCCUGUCAACAGCGCUUUGUGAUCGCCAACCACCACUCAUCCAAAUGAUCCUUCCAUUCAUAUUCCUCCUUGCAUCGCUUCUCCAACAAUAUGGCACGGAAGCCGAAUCAAGUCAAGUCAGCAAGUUUCAGCCCCCAACUGUAAAAGAGCAAAACGGAGUGCAAGAUUCCCAUCAGGAGAAGAUCAUUACAGUGUCCGGAGAGGGAAUGGUCCAGAGCCCAGGCUUCCCACUAACUUAUCCCAGGAAUACUGUGUUGGUCUGGAGACUGGUGGCGGCCGACAAUAUGAGGAUCCAGCUCACCUUCGAUGAGCGGUUUGGUCUGGAGGACCCAGAAGAUGGCAUAUGCAAGUACGACUUUGUGGAGCUAGAGGACCCGACUGAGAGCGGCGUCCUGGGCCGCUGGUGCGGCUCACAGUCGGCACCAGCUGGUCACUCGUCCAGAGGCGGUCAGAUCAGGAUCCGCUUCGUCUCCGACGAGUACUUCCCGUCUGAGCCGGGCUUCUGCAUCCGCUACGCCGUCCUCCCUGUGAGCGUAUCGGAAAUCAAAGUCCCUGCAGUCCCCCCCCAAUCCCAACAGGGCCUUAAGGAGAUGUCCGAGGCGGUGGCGGGGCUGGGCACCGUGGAGGAGGUCAUGAAGUACCUGGAGCCCGAGCGAUGGCAGCUGGAUAUGGAGGAGUUGUACAAACCUACGUGGCAUUUGCUGGGGAAAUCCUUUAUCCAUAAUAAGAAAGCAAGAGGAGGAGCUGAUCUCAACCUGCUGAGGGAGGAGGUUCGGCUGUACAGCUGCACUCCCCGGAACUUCUCCGUGUCCUUGCGUGAGGAGCUGAAGCGGACCGAUGCCAUUUUCUGGCCGAGCUGCCUCCUGGUGAAACGCUGCGGUGGAAACUGCGCCUGCUGCUCUCACCGCUGCUACGACUGCCAGUGCGUCCCCACCAGGGUGACGAAGAAGUACCAUGAGGUUUUGCUGUUGAAACACCGGAGUGGUGCCAGAAGCUUGCAGAAGUCCAUGACCGAUGUGCCCUUGGAGCAUCACGAGGAGUGUGCCUGUGUGUGCAAAGAUGACUUGAACUGACCUCAGACAAGCCUGAGACCUGCCGCUGGGAUCACACAGGAUGUGAGAAAUGAACGCUGCUGUGUGUCUAGUGUCUCGUCCACUUCGGAAGUGGACUUGGCUCCGAAGUCCUUUUGUCCUUUUGCUAAUUGGAUGAAGCAGAACAGACUGGGAUCUAAUCAAUCGUCUGAAUGGAUCUGACUGCUGUGGAUAGGAACAGUGUACUCUGAGACACAAAUGCACUGGAGCAGACCUGGACUAUCACCCGUGUGCUCUGGAGACUAUUUCCUUCCCACAAAGGUAUUUCUGCCUCUUCUUUAAGCCAGUGAGGGCUUAAAAUGGGAGCCUCUUUGUUCAGGUACUUUUUUACUUUCAAAGGCUUGCUCCAGGUGAUGUACUCCCUCUUACCACGGAUGGAGCAUAAACAAGCUUUUUCAUCAGCAGUUUUCCUUCGCUCCCCUCUUGCUUCAUUACAGAUUGAAUCUGCAGCCACGUUAAUGCUGAAAUGUCUCGCUAUUGACAUCGUGUUUUGUGUAAAUAUUUCAUCUACGUUGUCCUUCUGUACUGUAAUGCUUUUUUUUACCAAAGAUUCUCAGAGAGAAGAUAAAAAGGUGCACACGUACAAUCAGUUCAGUGUCGGUCAUUACAACUCGUCGUUAUAUCUCAAGUCUCUUUAAGUCAAGCGAUUCUCACUGUGUUGGAGUCAAUAUUUAUUUGUUUAAUGAAAAGGGAAACUUAGGUCCAAUCCUCUUCUUUGUUAGAUGUGUCACUGUACAGUAGUAUAAGCCUCCAGUUUUCUUUCUUAGUUAUUUUACAUUAUGUCAUGGAUGAUUUAUCAUUUCUUUGUAUGCCAACGUUAUUUAUCUCUUCCUCUGCAAUAACUGUUUGUGUGUAUCAUUGUACUGAACAUCAAAAAUAAAUGCUUCCAUUUUUAA